CGGCUACUCCAGCCCCAGCCUCUGCCAGCAGGGGGCGCUGCAGGGAGCGGGGUGGGGGCGCUGCCCCACAAACACACUGCCCGUGGCCUCAGGCUCCCCUCCCCCUUCACCCACAUGCUGCCUGCUGCCUCAGCCCUGUCAGGUGCAAAAGGAAAUGACAGCAAAGAGGAAAUAAGUUUGCAGCGCCCCUGGGGAGCGCGCUGGACUGAGGUGUUGGCAAGGGACGGGUGCACGGCCGUGCCACUUGGGCACUGCUCCACUGGGAAUGGCCCCAGCACAGAGCACGAGCUAAGAGGAUCGGGCAUACUGAAGGGUGCUGGGUUCGCGGGCAUGGCGUCCGGCCCCAUGUCCUCCGCUGCCUCCUCCAGCCUCAGUACCCUGGAGGAGCUGUCGGACGCCUUCGACUCAGCCCUUGGGCGCCAUGAUGACUCCAGCUCACUGGGCUCUGACUCUGAGUUGAACGGGGCCGCCCCCUAUCGCCAGACCGACCGCUAUGGCUUCUUCGGGACCAGUGGCGCCCAGGAUGGCCCGGCCCAGCCCCCAGUAGAGCUCGUCCGGCACCGGGAAAACAGAUGGCUGGAGAUGACAUCACACUGGGAGAAGACCAUGGCCAGGAGGUACAAGAAGGUGAAGGUCCUGUGCCGUAAAGGGAUCCCCUCGUCCAUGCGCGCCCGCUGCUGGCCCCUGCUGUGCGGAGGGCAGGCCAGCAUGACCCACAACCAGGGCAAAUACAAGGAACUGGAACAGUCACCUGGCGACCCGCAGUGGUUGGAGACCAUCGAGAAGGACAUCCACCGCCAGUUCCCCUUCCACGAGAUGUUCCUGUCGCCUGAGGGGCACGGGCAGCGAGGGCUCCUGCAGCUCCUGAAGGCCUACACUGUGUACCGGCCCCGCGAGGGCUACUGCCAGGCCCAGGGCCCUGUGGCUGCAGUGCUGCUCAUGCACAUGCCUGCUGAGCAAGCCUUCUGGUGCCUGGUGCAGAUCAGUGAGCGCUACCUGCCUGGCUACUACAGCCCCGAGAUGGAGGCAGUUCUGCUAGAUGGUGAGGUCUUCGUGGCACUGCUGCAGCGCGUCUGCCCCAAGGCCUACAAGCACCUGCGGAAGCAUGGUGUGGGGCCGCUGCUCUACGUCACCGAGUGGUUCCUGUGCCUCUACAGCCGCACCCUGCCCUUCCCCACUGUGCUGCGCAUCUGGGAUGCCUUCCUCAGCGAGGGUCACCAUGGCUGUUUCAGCCCCUCCCUCCCGCUCGCCCCAUCUCCUGGCUGUUUCAGGGAUGCAACAGCGCCACGUACUGCUGGCUUGGGGUCUAAUGGCUGCGAUCUCCCUGCAGGGGUGAAGGUGCUGUUCCGGGUGGGGCUGGUGCUGGUGCGCCUGGCUCUGGGCUCUUCGGAGAAGCUGCGGGACUGCACAGGCGUGGUGGAGACACUGGAAAAGCUGCGCAGCAUCCCAGUCCGCCUGCUGCAGGAGGACACAUUCAUGGCCGAGGUUUACGACGUGGCCGUCUCAGACCGCGACGUGGCGCACGAGUGCCGAAUCCAGCUAGCCAAACUGUGCAAGGUCCGGCCUGAUUUUGGGUACCGCCCAGAGAAGCGCCUGCCCAAUGCCAAAGCCAUCUUCGAUGCCCAGCAGCUGGAGGAUGCGCAGCAGCCCGAAAAGGGCAAGCACCCAGCGCCCACCUUCCUCAUCCCCGAGAUUGUGGUGGACCCCCCCCCACCCCUCCCGAAGGAGCAGCGCCGGCUGGAGAAGGAGCGGCUGAAGGAGCAGCGCCGACAGGAGCAGGAGCGGCAUCAGCAGGAGGAGGCACGGCGCCGGCAGGAGGAGGCGGCAGCCGAGAAGCAGGCACGGAAGAAGAAGCCCCCAGGCAGGAAGAAACCGGACACGCGUGGCAAGACUUUCCAUGUAGCUCAGCGUCCCAUGCUCAGCCCAGCGCAAGGGGGCGGGAAAGGGGAGGAGCCUGGCCCCGCCAAGAGAAACUCUGUCCCUUACCUGGAGACCUAUUUCUGAAUGGGUAGGGCAGAGCCUGCCCUAGCAAGAGAGACUCCACCUCUGACUGGAGACCUGUUUUGAAUGGCAGGGGCAGAGCCUGCUCCAUCCAAGAGAGGCUCCACGCCCUAUUUGCUCAAUGGAUGGAAAGGAGACAGUGUGGGGUGUCACUUUGAAGAGGGAAGGGGUCUUGGGCUCAGAGGGUUGAGACCCCCCUGCAUCCUGUAGCGCCUAUCAGCAAGGCCUGAUUUUCCCACAGUCCCCAGCAGCAUUCACACUGGGGCCCACUGAGUGAUGAACAUGCCCACUCUGAUCUGGCCAUUGGUGUCAGCAACCUGGACAGACCGGCCCCUGCCUGGGCCUUGCUCACUCACAAGCACUGCCCCUCCAUUGGAGACCGGACUGAGGCACACAGCUCCUUACGGGAGAGGCCCUGGAUAUUGAGGCAGCCACCCUGUGAAUAUGGCAGCCUAUGAUUGUAGCGGGGAGGAGGGUCAGAUUGAAAACUUAAAGGGAAAUGAAACUUCCUUCUGGGGUCCCUCUCCCCACCAGCUGUGGCCAAGCUGCGGAGUGGGGCUGAUGAGCCACCGCUUCGUAGCUUGUCUGUGUAGAUGGUAUUAAAAGUUCGUCCUGGGGACAAAAGCCAA